AUGAAGUUGGUUGUGCUGCAGCUCGAUUCAAACCACUUCACUGGCUUAUUGCCACAAAACUUAUGUCAGAGUGGAUCUCUUAGAAACUUUACUGCAUACGACAAUCAUCUCAUAGGUCCAAUACCGAAAACCUUGAGAAACUGCGUGAGCUUAAAUAGAGUCCGCCUUGAAAGAAAUCAACUCCUUGGAAAUAUAUCUGAAGAUUUUGGUGCCUAUAGUAAACUGAAGUUCAUGGACCUAAGUUACAAUAGAUUUUACGGUGAAAUCUCACACAAUUGGAGCAAGUGCCCACAACUAACCGCCCUACGUAUUACUGGGAACAAUAUUACUGGUGGCAUACCUCUUGUAAUUGGAGAUUCAAUUCAACUCCAAUUACUUGAUCUUUCUUUUAAUAAGUUAGUUGGGGAGCUUUCAAAAGAAUUUGGAAAGUUGACUUCCUUGUUGGAAUUGAUGUUGAAUGGAAAUCAACUUUCAGGGGAUAUAUCUCUGGAGCUUGGGUUGUUAACAAAUCUUGAGUAUUUGGAUCUAUCCACCAACAAAUUCACCAACUCAAUCCCCAAAAAUGUGGGGACCCUUUUGAAACUAAAUUACUUGAAUAUGAGCAACAACAAAUUUAGCCAAGGCAUUCCAGUUGAGUUGUGUAAUUUACCACAUUUGUCACAGCUAGAUUUAAGUUAUAACUUGCUCGAAAGAGAGAUACCUUCACAAAUCCACAAAUUGCAAAGUUUGGAGGUAUUGAAUGUCUCCCAUAAUAAACUCUCUGGUUUCAUUCUGAUUGCAUUUGAAAAAAUGCGUGGGCUGUCAGAUGUUGACAUAUCCUUCAAUGAGUUGGAGGGUCCUCUUCCCAAUAGCAAAGCAUUUCAAAAUGCACCCAUAGAAGCAUUAAGACAUAAUAAGGGAUUGUGUGGAAAUGUUACAGGAUUGAAACACUGUGUGGAAAUCAUAGACACAACUGAGGGAUUUGAUGCUAAAUUUUGCAUUGGGAAGGGAGGAAAUGGAAUUGUCUAUAAAGCCAAGCUAAAAUCAAGAAAAUUCGGCAUUAACAGAAAUUCGGCAUCGAAAUAUUGUAAAAUUGCAUGGCUUUUGUUCACAUUCACAAUUCUCAAUUUGAUUUAUGAGUACCUUGAAAGGGGUAGCUUGGCCACAAUUUUGAGCGAUGAUGGAGGAGCUAAAGAAUUGGAUUGGAGCAAGAGAGUGAAUAUCAUCAAAGGUGUGGUGCACGCUUUGUCUUACUUGCACCAUGAUUGCUCACCACCAAUUGUUCACAGGGACAUAUCAAGCAAAAAUGUUUUGCUGGAUUCAGAGUAUGAGGCUCAUGUUUCAGACUUUGGCAUAGCUAAGCUUCUUAAUCAAGACUCAUCCAAUUGGACUUCAUUUGCUGGCACAUAUGGAUAUAUUGCACCAAAGUUUGCUUAUACGAUGAAGAUAACUGAGAAGUGCGAUGUGUUUAGCUUUGGAGUUUUGGCUAUUGAAGUGAUCCAAGGAAGGCAUCCUGGUGAAACCAUCUCCACUUUAUCUGCUUCAUCUGUGGGAGAGAAUUUAUUGCUGAAUGAUUUGUUAGAUAUACGUCUUCUGCCUCCCACUCUUGAGGUUGAGAAUCAAUUGAUACUCAUUGUAAAGUUGGCAAUUGCAUUCUUGAAUGCUAAUCCAGAAUCUAGACCAACCAUGCACAUGGUCUCUCAAGUGUUAUCAAGAUGAACUGCACUUUCCUAGAGCCAUCCACAGUCUAACUAGGACAAGAAAGGAUAUGAAUUAUAUAUGACACUAUAUUCUGUCAAAUUUAUGUUGUUGAAGGAAAUUGUU